UGAUCGCCUAUAACAUGUAUCAAAUUUAAAGAACGGCAUGAAUAUGGUCAUACCAAAAAAGAACGGCAUGAAUAUGGUCCUUUUUGUUGAUGUGCUAGAUAAUAAUAACUAAUAUUUGUACUGAUACUCUGAACAAAAGUAUAUUAAUAUUUACAAUGGUACGUUAAAAACUUAAAAUUAUAUAAUAAUUAAAGUAAGGAUACAAGUUUUAUCGGCAAGCAUGCUGUUUACAUAUGAAAACAAAUAAGAUCUCUGGUCGGAAAAAAAAUUAAAAAUAUAAGGUUUAGAGUACAUAUUCUAUAGUUGAUGGUAUUUUUAAUCGUCAAGGAUCUUGCUAUCUUUUUAUUCUGUGAACGAACGCUGUUAUACUUUCUUUGAUUUGAAACGAUCAAUCUAACAGAAUAGUGCUGGAACUUGAAGAAUCCAUUGUCUUGUUUUAUUUCAACUGAUAAGAACAGCUUAAUGUAUAUGUUUAUAAUAAGCUUUUUAAAUAUGGAUUAACUAUUAGCCACGAUUGAAGUUAUUUUCUUAAUGAAAAUGGUGGGUGACUAGAAGAGUUGACUAACCAAAAGAUAUAUACAAGUUACAAAAAAGAUCGUAAAAAUAUAUAGUAAUUAACUUGCAAAAGUUAUUGACCUUUGUUAAAGGUAAUGUAAUGUGAUGUCGUCAUGACUAGUAAGAUAUAUGCCAAGUAAUAUUUCAAUUAUCGACUUUUUGUGUUGUCAAGGAUUUGAAGUUCGUAACUAUUUCAUACUUCUUAGAUCAUUAUUUUCAUAACUAUAUAUGUUUGUCACAUAUAUUAUUAUCGUUUAACUAAUUCUUCAAAUAGAAUAAUUGGAUGUCCCUUUAUAUACAUUUGAACAUCAAUUUAAAUGCCACAGUCAAACAUAAACCACUCAUUUCCGAUUACCAUUAGGAUGAACCAUUUUAUGAAAUUAAAUAAUCUAAAACACCUUUUUAUCAAUUUUACAAACAAGUUACCAUUUAUCUUUGAAUUUGUGGAGUCAUCUUUUUUUUAUUUACAAGAUGAUUCCACAGAUUUGUUCGUUUUAUAUAAAAUAAGUAAAUUUGAUAAAAGAAUAAUUCACUAUAUAUAAUUUUGAUGAGGGAUAUAUCAUGUCCGUUUUAUUUACUUUGAUCUCUUCUCUUAUUUGUCCAUUCACAGCUUUAGUUUUAAAAUUUAAAUUUUUAAUUAAGUGGUAACAGAUGAUAUAUUUCUUCACAAGAUAAAUAGUCAACUUCUCGCGUGCCCCAAAUAUGAAAUGCCAAAUUUCCUAUGGGUUCCUAAAGUCUCAUAUGCUUCUAUUUCAUAAUUUUUUUUGGAUCAAAAUCCAAACUCCCAAAUCAAAUCCUUCCCGGUCAUCAAAACUAAACCCUAACCCCUCCUAUGGAUUAGUGAACCCAUAGACAAAUGUUUAAAUUAUACUUUCAAAUUCAGAAAAAAAUAUUUUAAAAUCGUUUUUAAUUACAUUUUGAUGAUUUUUUCGAAAAUAUGGAAAACAACGUUUUUGGAUUUUUGAAAUAUUUUUUAUCAAAUUCUAUAAAUCAAAUAAAAAAUAUUAACUUUUCCAUUUUAAUUUUAUGAUUUUUCGUUUGACAUAUAAAAUUAAAAGAACAAAAAGGUCUUUUUGAGAUUGUGUUAUAAGAUAUAGGGACAUGAGAGGAGAUGUUUCAGAUAAAUAAUAAUCAUUCCAUAAAAUCUAUAGAGAUCUUUGUGGUAGAAAUAUAAAAGGAGGCACAAGGCAAUUAUUACGCAACGUUUGGAAUAUCCAUGUAGCCAUGUCCACUGUUUAGUGUUCACUUUAGGUCUGGGCAUUCGGAUCGCCGGGCCGGGUUUGGAUCGGGUUCUUUUGGGUCUGGAUUUUUCGGGUCUAAGAGUUUAGGAUCCGAUAGAGUAAUUUCAUAUUUUCGGUUCCGGGUCGGUUCGGAUCAUACCGGGUCCGGGUCGGGUCGGAUCUUAGAUAGUUAGACCCAUUCGGGUAAUUAGAAUUUAUCGGUUCGGAUUCGGUUCGGUUUCGGGUCGGAUUCAGUUUGGGUUCGAUCUAAAAAAGACCUAAAAAUACAAAAAAAUAUCUGAAAAUAUUUAUAUAUCCUAAAAUAUUCAAAAUUUUAUUCAAAAUUUGUGUUUUUAUUAUAUUAAAAUGUGUAUAUAUAUACUAAACUAUGCGUGAUACAACAACAAUUCGUUGUCUCCUAGUGGUUGACCCCCAUGUUCUCUAGACAAAUAACCCAUCUUUGAUUCUCCCUUGAUGCAUUUUAUUUAAUUUACAUUAUUAAUUCGGGUACCCAUCGGGUUUUGGAUUUGGGUCUGGUCGGGUCCAAGACCCGCGGGUCCUCUGCAACAAGACCCGAUAGGAUAAUUUGAUCGGAUCGGUUCUUACUCGAACCGGGUUUUUUGGAUCAGUUUUGGAUCGGAUCUUCGUGUCCAGGUAAAAUGUCCAGUUAAUAUUUUCAGUUUUAAUGUAAAAGAUAUUAAUAUUUUAUACUUGUUGUUUGUUUUAUUAUUGAUUAGAUAGUUAACUAAUAACGUUUUUAUUUAAAAAGCGAAAGCUGAAUAUUUUAAAUAAAAAAAGGGAGAAAGUUUACGCGGCAGUUUAUUUUCCUCUACUGCCCCGCAAGGCAUUGAUUCUCUUUAUUUCUCUCUCUCUCCUAUGUGUAUUAUCACCGCUAGCUCUGCUCUGGUUUUGAUUUUGAUUCCUUGUGUUCCCAAAAAGAUUUAUUUCUUUUGUUUUAAAUAUAUAAAGAAAGAAAAAUGAAAUUGAUUUCCUUUUUCCAUUUCCAUGGAUGCUUCCUCUGGGUUUCUCUUAAUAGUAGUCUUUGUAUAGCUGUUGUACUCUAUAAAUACACAUGUCCCUCUUCUUACCUUCUCUUAUAUUUUCCAUCAUUGUGUGUAUUUGUGACAUCUAAAAACUCUCUACCGAAAAUCAUUAGACUCUCCAAAAUUGUAGUGAAACAACAAUGAGCUAUUCUCAUCAAAACAUGGGUUCUGGUUUGUUUCUUCUUUUUAUUUGCCCUAUCUUUACUGUUGGUUGGUGUAGUAGAAGUGCAAGGGGAUACGAGUUUGGAAGGACUUAUGUUGUGAGGCCUAAAGGGAAGCACCAGGCUACUAUUGUUUGGUUGCAUGGUCUUGGAGACAAUGGCUCAAGCUUGUCUCAGCUAUUGGAGAGCCUGCCUCUUCCAAACAUAAAAUGGAUAUGCCCAACUGCUCCCUCGCGUCCUGUUUCGCUUCUAGGUGGAUUCCCUUGCACUGCAUGGUUCGACGUGGGUGAAAUUUCUGAGGAUCUUCAUGAUGAUAUCGAAGGCUUAGAUGCUUCAGCUGCACACAUUGCUAACCUCCUAUCAACUGAACCAUCAGAUGUAAAAGUUGGGAUAGGAGGUUUCAGUAUGGGAGCAGCAGUAGCUCUAUACUCAACAACGUGCUACGCUCUUGGACGUUAUGGAACAGGACAUCCUUAUACUAUAAACCUACGAGCUACUGUAGGACUCAGUGGUUGGCUUCCUGGUUGGAGGAGCUUAAGGAGCAAAAUAGAAAGUUCCAAUGAAGCUGCAAGGCGUGCUGCAUCAAUACCAAUUAUACUUGCACAUGGAACUUCGGAUGAUGUAGUUCCUUACAGAUUUGGAGAAAAAUCUGCGCAUUCACUUGCCAUGGCUGGAUUCAGACAAGUUGUGUUUAAGCCAUAUGAAGGGCUUGGUCACUACACGGUUCCUAAAGAAAUGGAAGAGGUCGUUCACUGGCUCGCCUCAAGGCUUGGUCUAGAGGGCUCAAGCUGAGCUCCAAAAGAAUCUAUAGCUAUUUAUACAAUGUGUAGAAUAUAUUAGAGAAAUAAUGGGUGGGUUUCUUGGGGUAUACGGUAUUCAUGUUUUGACUGUUUUGUAAUUUUUUUUUGCUUUUCUGCUCUUUGAUAUUCUUGGUUAUGAAUAAUGAAAUAAAGGCUCUUCAAUAUAUCAAGGUCUUGAUCAUACUAGAUCCAAAGAUUUUGAGUUUCUUAA